ACGGAAUGGACGCGACCGAGACCAGAAAGCGCCUCACUCCUCCUCCUCCGCCACUUCUCCGCCCUUGACUCGUAGGCAACAAUCCAUCGCAGCUUUCUUCCUACAGAGAGAAGAAAACCGACCCCUAAAGUAACCUCCACCAGCCCCAUCUCACUGUUCUUAUCGGGAAGCGGCAUCCUUCGAGAAGACUCGAAUUGUUUUGGGAGUCCUACAUCGGCUUGGUUCUCUUCUCCGUGCGAGCGGUUGAGACCUUCUGAUAUACCCAAACCUCCUUUGCGGGGAGGUCCCCUCUUCCUUCUGGUUUCAUGGUUGCUUCCUCUUCCUUAUGGGUCCUCUUGUAACCGAUCCCUCAAGUCGGAGAUUAUGCUUUUGUAGCAUCUCCCAUGCAGCUGCUUUCCUAUGUUUUGUGUUCAUCCUUGGGACCUCCUUUGUUGUAUUUGAUUAUGAGGAGAAAGUGUCGACUGGGGCAUCAACUGACUUUGUAGGGAUAACUCGAGGCACAUCAGAGAUUGGCCUAUCAAACUUGCAGGCCCGUCAAGCUGAUUCAUGGUCUCAUGACACCAAUUUGGGGACCACCGGGUUCAACUCAUGCAAGCGUACAUGCAUAUCUUCGGGAAGUGAACCAUUGCCAAAAGGAAUUGUUUGCCAGACAUCAGACAUGGAAAUGGUGCCUCUAUGGGGUCCUCCAAAUGGAAAGGAAAAUAACAUUUUGCAAAAGAGCUUAUUGGCGAUGCCAGUUGGAAUUAAACAAAAGGAAAUUGUAAAUCAAAUCAUAAUCAAGUUUGCUUCCAGUGACUUCACUAUAAUUCUUUUUCACUACGAUGGUGUUGUUGAUGAAUGGAAAGACUUACAAUGGAGUGGCAGUGCUUUACAUAUUUCUGCAAUCAAUCAAACAAAAUGGUGGUUUGCUAAACGCUUUUUACAUCCAGACAUAGUUGCACCAUACAAGUAUGUCUUCCUAUGGGAUGAGGAUCUUGAAGUGGAAAAUUUUCAUCCUGAAAAAUACUUAACAAUUGUUGAAAGGGAAGGCUUGGAGAUAUCACAGCCUGCACUUGAGCCAGCGAAAUCUAGGAUUCACCAUCAGAUUACUGUUCGUUCAAGGAAAGGAGAUGUACACAGAAGGAUGUACAAGUUCAAUGGUGGCAGCAAAUGUUACCAGAACAGUAGUGCUCCUCCGUGCACUGGGUGAGCUUCCUUUUUCCUGAAUGCGUAUUUGUUGAAUUUGGAUAUCUAAUCAGUCAUAUUGAUAUACUUUUAAUUUUUCUAUUGAAACAAAGACUAUCCUUCAUCCUUUAGUGAAGUUAGUUUGGGUUAAAUAUGAUAACUAUUUUAAAUUUAUGGUCUGUGACCUUCAUAAUCGUACAGGGAAUGGUCAUUUUGUCUUGAUCUUAUCCUGAUAAGUAAAACAUAAAACUUUGAGUGGACCUUUUUGGAUAUUUGCUAAUUUCAUUGCACAUGAUAGACAAAGAGGUUGCAGGGGAUAUG